ACCUACAAUAGCCUAGUAUAAUUUUCCAAAAAUGUAAAUGUGCUGCACUGAGAUAAUUUCAGUUUUGUCAAUAAUAGAACUACUCAGAUAGAAAAUGGCAUAAAUUCUCUGUAAUGUUAUUUAAUGAAGUGGUUGUCAUAGCAACAGUGCUCAUAUGCAGUGAAAUGGCCAGACUGGACAGAAAGAGGCCAUAUGGUCAAGCAAGGUUGCAAAAGGCAAUGGAACUUGAAGAAUUUCUCAGGACUGUGGUGCCGUUGGCCCUUGGACAAACAAAGCUACCUUUCAUAUCAACAGGCUCCCUACAGACCAAUGUUUGCUCUGCUCUUCCAUCAAACGUGCACUAGCAGGGAAGCACAAACAAUAAUGAGCGUUUUAAGAGAGACUUCAAGCUAUGUUUUAUUCAUCAACACAUAAAUCUGAAAUCCCACACACCGGAAGUGCAUCCAUUGACGUCAGAACAUUAAAACAUGUCAAAGAUAAGAUUUUUUCCCCCUUGAGGACGCUCUAAUAGUUUGUUUUUCUCUCAGGACUGAUGGCCGUUCGUUGAGAGGCGGUUGGUGGGUCUUCGGGGCAAGUGAAAGAGGCGCUUUGUUGAAACUGUUUUGAUUUGAUUUUUUCCCUCUCACUCCCCUGCUUCCGUUCCAUUCCUUCCUCCUCACUCUCUGCUCUCACCUUUGCAUUUCUUUUUCUUUUUUUUCUCCCUCGGAGGGAUGGGUGAUGGGUUGAACAUGAUUUCCAGAGGCAGAAUAUAACUGGCCUUUCAGAGGGUGCAGCCUUCAGAGUCACUGAGACAGCUGUCUCUGGCAGAUUGUACCUGAACUGACUCCAGCAUACAUUAACAAUGUACAAGCCUUUAGCUUUGUGUCUGUGUUUAGCAUGUUUAGUGCUUUUAGCAGCUGAGGGAAAACGAGAAAAGGGAAGAAGAGAGAGACAGAGGAGCUCCAGACGAUUCUUAUCCACUGAUGAUGCACCUGACUAUGAUAAGCCUUUCCUUCCAGGGCGUAGCAGCCAGUGCUUGGUGAAUGGGAUUUCUCUGUUUGAGGGGGCUGUCUGGUCUCCAGAGCCUUGCAGUGUGUGCCAGUGUAAAGAUGGAGCCGCAAGCUGCCGAACCAACCCCUGCCCAGCCAGAGCUUCACCCACCCUGAAGUCUGUGGCCAGUAAGCCCAGUCCAACAACUGUGGGGAAAACAAGCUCGAAAAACAGACUGACCACCAAUGGAAAACCACCUGUGGGGACGGAGGUUCUGGAGGUGAAACCAAAGAAGAACAAGAUGGUGAUCACCCCAGCAAAAAAACCACCCUCAAAUGUCCCUAAGAAGCAAGUGAAGAAAAACCAGGAGGUGAUUGUGAGUCUGGAUCCUGGAAAACCACCUAAGAACCCUGUAAUACCCACAGGACCUCGGUUUAUGAGACCAGUCCAUUUUGAUCAUGAUGACCACGAUGAUGACGACUAUCUAGAGGACGACAGUGACAGUGAUGAUGAUGACGAUGACAACCGUAGCAUUCCAGUGUUCAGAUCUGCUGUUCGUCCUGUAGCACUCGAAAGACGACUAAUACCGCCCACAUUCAAACCGGCCAUACCACGAGCACAGCCAGCCUUUGCUCUUCCUACAAGAAAAUCUGUGAUCCUGCCCACUGGAAGGCCACUGCCAGCCCCCAGUGGGCGACUGGUGGAUCGAGGUAUUGGCCGUCCAGUCAUCAGCACCUCUGUUCAUAUGGAGUCUCUCCCAGCAGGCUGCCUGCUUUCAGAGUCUCUUAUUGCUUGUGGAAACACUCGCCUUACCCAAAUGCCCAUCAUCCAAGAUGCUGGGGUCAGGAGUCUCUUUCUAGCAGAUAACAAAAUCAGCAAGAUCCCAUGGCAUGCUCUGGCAGGUCUUCCCAACCUGGAGUGGCUCGACCUCAGCAAGAACAAGCUGGAUGAUUUCUCUUUGGGUCCAGAUGUGUUUCGGAACUUGACGAAGCUCAGGAGGUUGAACCUUGAUGGAAACAACUUCACUAAAGUGCCGGCUCUCCCUCCCUCGCUGGUGGAGCUGAAGAUCAACGAUAAUAAACUCAGUGCUCUCACUCCCCACAGCUUUCGGGGUCUGUCUCAGCUGCUGACACUGGAGUUAGAGGAUAAUUAUUUCCACGAUGGAAAUGUCUCUCCUCUGGCCUUCAAGCCUCUCAGGAGGCUGAUUUACCUCAGGCUGGAUGACAAUAAGUUCAGGGCUAUUCCCUCUGGUCUGCCUGUUUCAGUACAGGAGCUACACCUGUCUGACAACAAGAUAGAGGUGGUCCAUUCAGGGCUCCUCAACAAGACCACAAACCUGAGAGUCCUGAACCUCAGCCAUAACCGAAUCCGAGAGGACCGCAUUCAUCCAAGAGCAUGGAUACACUUGCUAAAACUGGAGUAUUUGGACCUUUCCCACAAUAAGCUGGUUCACGUUCCCUCUUUCCUGCCGGCUGGUCUGCGGCAGCUCAUCUUGCAUCACAACCAAAUUGAGCGCAUCCCUGGCUAUGUGUUCGGCCACCUGCGACCUGGUCUGGACUCCCUGCAGCUGUCGUACAACCGUCUGCGUGAAGACGGGAUAAAUGAAGUGUCCUUCCUGGGCCUGUACAACUCACUGAGUGAACUUCUGUUGGACCAUAACCAGCUCAGAUCAAUCCCACGAGGCAUUCUACAGUUAAAGAACCUGCAGCACCUGAGAAUGAACCACAACUACAUCAGCUACAUCACUAUGAACUCGUUGUGUGACACUGCGGCCCGUGAGGACUCCCUGCUGUUGUCUGUUCACCUUGAGUACAACCUGAUCGACCGCCGUCUCAUUCCACCAACAGCCUUCUCCUGCAUCAAAACCUACCAGAGCAUCCUUCUGCGGCCCCAGAGAUACGAAGAGCACCAUGAAUGAAAGCGGUUUUUGGGGCUGUCGUUUACAGUGCAUCUCAAUUCAAUGCUUAUUUCAGAGUUUUAAGUGAAAUGAAGAUAAAGAUGCAGCACCAGAGGCCUUUUAUUUUACAUGGUGCUAAUUGUGCAUCUUUCCUGUUGCAGUUGGCAUUAUAUUUUGUGUAUGUCUGUUGUUGUUGUUGUUACCAUAUCUGAUGUCUGUCUUGGUUUGUUUUAUACCUGUAUGUCUGCAAUUUAUAAUCUUUUAUAAAGCAGACUUGUAUGUGCAAGGAUUUCUUUCUUUUUAUAUGCAAAAGGUUUUUAAUAGAUCAGCUUUACAUUAUUUAUUUUGAUUAAACUGCAAUGCAUCACUUUUUUUAUACCGUUUUAACAAUUUUCAUUAGCAAAGGCUAUGACUUUUAUAUUUAGUUUUGUGAGUCUGUGUGUUGUCUGUGCUUUUGUAUUCUCUGUCACAAACUACAAUAAAGUUGCGAGGUGACAAAUAA